AGUGAUGAGUUAGUUUAAUAAGUAAAGGAGUAAAGUUAAUAAAUAUAUUCUUAAGUUAAAUCAAAUUUACUUAGUUCUUGUGUGUGAUUUUUUGUAGUGUUUAUAUAUAAACGAUAAUUAGUGUGUUUUGAGUUUUCUCUCUGGAUUUUGGACCUUACAGUUUUGUGAUUUUUUUUCCAUUGUUAAUUAGACUAAAAAUUGAUCACGAAAUGAUUGGGAAGAUUAUUUUUGUAUUAGCAGCGGCUUGUGUUGUUACAAUUAAAACACAAUGCCUAACAGAAAAUGACAAUGUUCCACAAAAUACAGCCGGAUCACGAAACGCUCAAGAUGAACUAUAUACGGGGCAACAACAAUUUUCAUUGGAUAUGUUAAAGGAAGUGAAUAAUUUGGACCCACAAUCCAGCAUAUUUUUCUCUCCAUACAGUACAUAUCAUACUUUACUCUUGUCGUAUUUUAUUGCGAAAAACGAAACGGAACAGGCAGUGAAAUAUGCAUUACGAUUACCAGAAUCACAGGAUAAAUUGUCAACAUUCCGGGCAUUCCGUUUUGAAAAAUAUUUACGUGCAAUGUCAGCAGUGAACCAAACAAGUUAUGAAUUUGAAUCAGCCAAUCGAAUUUUUGUAUCAAAUGAUGCUGGUGUACGUGAUUGUAUGUUGGAAAUGUUUGACGAUGAAAUUGAAAAAUUAGACUUUCAACAAAAUCCAGAACAAAGUCGCCAGUACAUCAAUAAAUGGGUGGAAUCAGUGACAAAAUCACAAAUUAAAGAUUUAUUAAUCCCAGGCUCAAUUGAUGAAACCACAAAUUUAGUAUUGGCAAAUGCUGCAUACUUUAAAGGAAUGUGGGAAUCGAAAUUUGAUGCGGAAUCAACCACAAAGUCAGUAUUCUAUAUUUCUGGAUCGGAGAAAACAUUUGUGGAUAUGAUGAAUCAAGAAGGAACAUUUAAUCAUGAUGUUUCUGAAGAAUUGGGUGCACAUGUCUUAGAAUUACCAUACAUUGGAAAUGAUGUGUCAAUGUUCAUCUUUUUACCUCCAUUUGCAACUGAAAAUGGUUUAGACAACGUGUUAGCAAAAUUAAAUGUUACAACAUUCCAAGAAUUAGUACGAGACGGAGGUCUUUAUCCAAAGAAAGUAUUUGUGUCAUUACCAAAAUUCUCCGUGGAACAAGCAUUCGAUUUAAAACCGGUUUUAGAAUCAAUGGGCGUAGGUAAUUUAUUUUCAUCUGGUGAUUUAUCAGCAUUAACUGGACAAAAUAAUUUAAAUUUAUCUGAUGCUGUACAUAAAGCUAAAAUUGAAGUUAAUGAAGAAGGUACAGAAUCAGCAGCUGCGACCGCAUUCUUUUCAUUCCGUUCAAGCCGUCCAGUUGAACCAGCAAUGUUUGUUUGUAAUCAUCCAUUUAUUUAUGUAAUAUUUGAUCGAUCAAGCCAAGCUGUGCUUUUUGCUGGAGUAUUUAGAAAACCUUAAAAAGUUUUUGUGAUCAAAAUUGUUGUAGAGACUUAAAAUUGUGGUUUUAAUAACUUUGAAUAUUGUUCUUAAAAAACUUAGUGACUUUUGCUUUGUAAAAAAUAAACUGAAAAGCAUCCUUUCAAUUAAUUGAAAGCAAAAUCUUAAUUCUGGCCAGAAAGUCGCUACCAAUCGCUAAAAGAAUUUAUAAUUGGCUAGACAUAAAUGAAGCAUAUUUCUUUACUGUUACAUAAAUUGAAAUUGUCACAAAUUCACACAUACAUGGAGUCGGAGAUUAAUAUCGGUUUUACACAAUAGUUAAAGCCCGUAUAUGUCUAGCUAAUUUUUUCGUAAUCUGAUGUACCUAUUUUAAUAUUAAUAUGCAAAUUAGCAGUUACAUGCAAUAAACAUGAAUCACUGACAUGUAAUUUAAACAUACGUAUCUUGUAGGUGUAAAUAUUACAUGUUUAAGUGAUUCAUUUUUGUUGUAUUUGAGCGUAAGUUAACAUUUGAAAAAACUUUAUAGAAAACGGUAACGAAUUUUAGCCCAAGAUAGAUUUUCCACCCAAUGGUAAUUUGCAACGUUAAAAAUUACUGAAGAAAAAGAAAGCCUUGCGUUUUUUUAUAGUUUAGUCCAUCGAACAUGAUUCAAUUUAUAAAAUACAAAUUUACUUUUAUCGAAA